UAAAAUAUGUAUAUCCAAUAAUAAACUCACCUCCAAAAUACAUUCUCUUUAGGUCCCACCCAUUAAAAUUAAGCCUUGUUUGAACAGCAGCAUGAGGGUCCUUCUAGGCGCGGAAUGCGUUCUGAAUAUUUGCAGGCACAGGGUACGAUGGUACAGAAAAUCGCAUUUGCCUUCAAAGAAACUCUACGAUAUGGAAAUAAAAGGGUUGGAGGCCCGACAGUUUAAAAUCUUUCAACGCUUAAAAUCAGGCAGAGGAAAAGAACCAGAAACUCCAGCCUUGGAGAUAUUCUGUCAAGCAUUGGCAUCAGCAAAAAAAACAGGCGAUGUUGGGAAGUCUAAAAAACCUAUCACCAAUAGUUCCGAGGGUCAGGUACCUACUGGUUCCAUUAGCCCGACUUUAAAGAUAAAUCCUAGCAUUACUUCUACCAUAAAAGUAAACAACCAAACUCAAUCCAUCAGCCAAUCAGAACCACUUCUAGCCGAAUUGAAAACACCGGAAAUCUUUAAAUGCAAAAACUGCUUUGAAUAUAAUUCUGUAACAAACCAAUGUUCUUCAGAAAUGAUGAUUGUAAACUGUAAGGAUUGUAAUGGAGAUGAUACCGAUCUCACCAAAGAGCCAAUCAAGGGAAUGGCUAUGGCAAAUAGUGAGAAUCAAUCAUAUAGUGUUAUAAAAGAUCUUUCGAAAUCUCCUCCCAAACCAACCGUUAGCCAAGCUCCAUCGCCGAAAAUUGCUGCUCCACCAAAUCCUAAAACACCAGAUCAAUCGCCUCUUGCCGAAAGAUUUGCAAUGCCACAAAAAUUAGCUUUUCCCAUAGGAAGAAAUCCCUGUGUUGAUGGAAAAAAAGAUGCCAAAGAAUCUAAGUGUCCGCCACCGAAACCGAAACCAAAAUCAUGCGGGUCAGCGAAGGAUGAACUGAAGCCUCCGAAAGGAGAAACUUCAACUAAGUCGAAAGCCCCCAUUAAAACACUUCCCUUGGUUGAAACAAAAGCAGCGGAAAAGCAAAAUGAUCCUCUUAGUGCCAAGCCUAAAGAGAUGCCAAAAGCACCACCACCAAGUGUGGGUGUUUCCGGAACACAAGAUGCUUCUUUUCCAAGGGGAAGAAACCCCUGUAUAGACGGUAAAAAAGAAGCUAAAGAAUUAAAAUGUCCAGCGACAAAGCCUGAGCCAAAAAAGAACAAAGCUAAGAAAUGUGAUAAAGAAAAACCUAAAAAACUGGUUAGAAAAUGUGGACAAGAAACAAAAAAAGAAAAGAAGAAAGAAUCUCCGGUUAAAGGGGCAGCUCCUAAAUCUAUGCCCAAAUCUCCUGAACCUGUUGAACCCAAAACAAAACCUAAAAAAAAACCUUUGCGACAGGGUGCUGUGGAUCCAAAGGAAACUCAAAUGAAGCCAACUAAACCUCCAGUUAAAGCCAAAGCUCCUCCAAAAUCAGCUCCUAAGAAGGAAGAGCUACCACCGCUGCCAUCUGACAGCUUUUCCAUGCCGCUCAUGUCGGCUUUUCCCAUGGGAAGAAAUCCUUGUCGCGAUGGUCCAAGAGGAGCAGGUAAAGGUAAAGAUGCUAGCCCCUGCGGUGUCAAAAUCACUCCCUGCGCGUCCAAAACAAACUCCUGCACUUCCUUAAACACUAAACCAGAAAGGGAAGAUAAGCUACCAGUUCCCCCAAACCCGAGUAAGUCUCCAGCUAAAAAGGAAUCUUCUAAGUCUUCCGUACCACCAACAGUAAAGGAAAUCAAAGAAAAUGUUUUAGAGAAAAAGAAGAAACCUUCUAAAGGAUGCAACACCCCCAUCCAAUUCCUCCAGCAGCAAAGACUACUCCACCGCCUCCAGCUGCCAAGGCUCCUUCAAAAUCUUCCUCAGCCACUAGCCAAAGAACAAAGUAAAAGUCCUGAGGUUCUUUUACAAGAAAAAAUCAAAUCUUCUUCUAUGCCACCUUCAUCAGAAAGCAUUCCAAUGGCAAAAGAGGUUCCAAAGAACUGUUCGAAAAAAGUUCCCAAAAGCAGCGAAUCCAGCGACUUAAAAAGAAGUUCCGAGAUAAAAAAGUUCCCGGCUCUUCCACUGAAACAAAGUCUAGCCAGUUAUAUAAGUAGUAUUGAACCCUUUCUCACUGAAGAGGAAUUCAAGGAGGAACAGAAAAUUACCAAGGAUUUCGGGGAGAAUGAGGGCGUCGAACUCCAGCGGCUGCUGGAGGCAGAGGCUGAACGUUGCAGCAACUGGCUGACUCCAAGGUGGACACGUUCUGCCUACUUGAGCUAUCGUGCUCCGCUGACUAUCUUCUCUAGUCCGGGUCUAGCAUUUCCCAUUCAAGUGUUCAACGAACCUACGGAUUUUCUAAACUUUACAGCUAAAGCAAUUUAUGGUAUUUGUGAAUUCAAAAAUUUAGUAGACAAAAAUCAAAUUCCAGAGGUCAAAAUGGGCAGAAACUCUUUGGAUAACAGUCAAUUCUUCAAAAUCUUUGGAACGAUUCGUAAACCAGGACGAUUUUGUGAUACCAUUGAGCAGUUUAAUGAUUCCAAUUAUAUAGUAGUUGUCUAUAAUAAUAAUUAUUUUAAGAUGCCCAUUUUUUUGGAAAAUGGAAAAUGUUUGCCUGUUCCCAGCAUAAUGGAAGCCCUGGAAAGGAUUAUGAACUGUCCCGUGGAGAAGGGCGAACCCUUUGGCGUGCUAACCCACGACAACAGGAGCAAUUGGGCCGAGGCCUAUACGGCGCUUAGGUGUCCGCAUGGAAACGCCGAUACUGUUGAUAUCAUCGAGGAAUCUCUGUUCCUGGUCUGCUUAGACAAAUGUGUGGAUGUUCCUGACGGAAAGGAUAGAAGUGUGCAGGCCCAUCAGCUACUCCAUGGUGGUGGUCUAAAGCAAAAUAGCGCCAAUCGUUGGAUGGACAAGGCAAUCCAACUGGUGGUCAACCCAAAUGGUUUGGCUGGAUUCUGCUAUGAGCAUUCUCCCGCCGACUGCCAGCCACUGGCCAUGCUAAUGGACUUUGUGCAGGAGAAAGUGCAAAAUGAGGAAUAUGGUUACGAAGAAACCGAAACCGAUUCGAACAAGGAUGUUCCUUUGACCCUUCUGAAGUUUCAACCCGUGAAUGAGUGCAUCAAUUUGUGGAUGUGUGAGGCAAAGCGAACUAUCAACAAGCUCUCCAGUAAACUGCAGAUGAAUGUGUUUCAGUUUGAGUGUCAUGGAAAGUGUUUCAUAAAGGCCCAGGGUCUUAAUCCGGAUAGCUACAUCCAGUUGGCCCUAAGUCUGGCCUACUACUCCAUGCACAAAGAUAUACCCGCUCAGUAUGAGUCGGCGCAUUUAAGGAUUUUCUGUGAAGGACGCACCGAAACCAUAAGAUCCACCUCUAACCAUUCGAAGGCCUUUGUCCUGGCCAUGCAAUCGAAGGAGACGUCGAUAAAUGAGAAGUUAGAAACUCUUCAGAAGGCAGUGGAUGCCCACGAAACGUUGACCAAAGAGGCCAUCAGUGGACAGGGCAUCGAUCGGCAUUUGUUUGGGCUGCAAGAGAUGGCCCUGGAAAAUUCCAUGCCACUGCCGGAGUUCUUUUUAUCCAAGGGUUUUAUGAAAUCGGUUACCUUUCAGCUUUUCACCUCUCAAGUGGCCACGUCCCACGACGGGUUCAUGUCAUUCGGACCACUAAUAUUCAAUGGCUAUGGCGUCUGUUAUAAUCUUCACGAUGACAAGGUAACCUUCUCCAUCUCCUCUUGGGAAACUUGCCCAGAAAUAAGCUCGGUUAAGUACAGUAAAGCUAUCAAAAGAUCCCUGAACGACAUGAGAAGACUUAUCCUGCAAACGGGCGGUGACUGUGUUGGUCAGAAUCCCUGCAAAUGUGAUUAAUUCACGCCUUAGAAGGACAACUCUUAUAGAGAUUCGGUUAGCUGCUACCCUCUUGUGUUUCGUUUCAUAACAAGGCAAAUACAUAUUCGUCAUAUUUCCAAUGCAUUAA